AUGUUUUUCUUUAUUCUCUGUGCAUUUGUGCUUGGAAUUCUGUCUAUUCAAUCCUUUUGUGCAGCGCAAACCCCUUGUUCAGAUGGCCAACAUUGUCCACCACAUUGGCUAUGCUGCGAAGAGGGGUGCUGUGCACCGGCGACUAUAAUACCGAGGCAUACACCAGAGAUUUUUACAAACGAUUGGUAUUUGCAAUGGCAAGUGCUGUUUAUAUUGGGAACGUUAGUUGGCAUCGUGGCGUGUUGUCUAUGGUGCGUGGUUUUCAAACGGACUCGCGGCUUCUACAUGUGCUCUAUGGCUUGCUGUUUUCACCGUAAUACAUCAGAGAGGGACUCGGCUGGUUCCGUCUACCCUCCGCCGCGGUAUAGCCGCUGUGGUUCUUUCCACCAGGCACCGCCACCGUAUUCUGAAGUUACUUCAAAGCCGGAUCUCUAUCCACUUGUAAUAACCUGCAACGAGGGAGAAGGGAAAUCCGGGGGGAACUAUCUUAUGGUGCACUAUUUUAGGAACUACGUUAUUCGAGCCCCAGGCUCACUUUCAGCUACCAGCACAGCCGAGUCACUCAACUCAAGUUAUAUGUGCAACGCAGUCAACGAAGCUAAUACAAUGGUUCCACCACCCUACUCUUGCGCAAGUAGCUACAACGAAUGUAGUAUGGGCUGUGGAAGGUCUAUGUUAAGGUCUCUGACGUCACUGGCUGAACCACGACGGCGGGAGACCUCAAAUAAUGCCACUUUCAGGGAUAACCUGAUCAAUUCUCCUGUACAGCCAAUGGAUCCCUCGUACGAUCUAGACCUCGAGCUUAUAGAUUGUGAGAUGUACUGCGACGGCGGCUGCAAGCCACGGCUUGGAGCGUCCCCCCCUCUUCGGCACACGCAUUCCAACUCGGAGGACACAGUCUUCGAUCACGAAGCGUACGGAAUCCGGCAUUUGUUUCCGUCGCCUGAGGCCGGGGCUUGCGAAUCACCACCACAACCCACAAGCCCAACACAAACUUCGAGAGACUCCACUUUAAGAAGAAUGAGUGAUGACAGGCGUUUAAGACGACUGGAUUUAGGAAAGAAGUCAAGGACACGAAAGUCGAGCUUAUACAUGCCACUAUCAGCUGGGUAUAGCGGGAGAAGUUCAAGAAUCUCGCCUGGAACUAGAAUAUCUUCAAGAUCAGCCCCCGCUACACCGUGCGGGGCGCUGGUACCAAAUCUUUUAAACUUAACUCAAAGGGUGUCCGCGUCGAGACUAAGUUCGCGGUCUUCGAGACUCGAAGAAGAAAACGACCCGUUACUGGCCCCGGACACGGAAACGACUGAACACAAAUUCUGA